UUGUGAAGCCAGGGUGUUAAAUGAAGUCACUUCUUUCUCAGGGCUUUCUAAGCUAAGGUUUUCGACUCUUCAGUUUGGUCCAGGGAUUACAAACUUUAGUGCUUAUUCCAUCAGUAGGAGAGAAAUAAUGGCAGCAGCUACGGGGGAUCCUGGGCUCUCCAAAUUGCAGUUUGCUCCCUUUAGCAGUGCCUUGGAUGUUGGAUUCUGGCACGAGUUGACCCAGAGGAAACUGAAUGAAUAUCGGCUGGAUGAAGCUCCCAAGGACAUUAAGGGAUAUUACUACAAUGGUGAUUCUGCUGGGCUUCCAGCUCGCUUAACAUUGGAGUUCAGUGCUUUUGACAUGAGUGCUCCCACCCCAGCCCACUGCUGUCCGGCUAUUGGAACGCUCUUUAACACCAACACACUCGAGGCUUUCAAGGCCGCAGAUAAGAAGCUACUUUUGGAACAAGCAGCAGACGAGAUUUGGGAAGCCGUAAAAUCGGGCGCUGCCCUCGAAAACCCUGUCCUCCUCAACAAGUUCCUCCUCUUGACAUUUGCAGAUCUAAAGAAGUACCACUUCUACUAUUGGUUUUGCUUCCCUGCUCUCUGUCUUCCAGAGAGUCUACCCCUCAUUCAGGGGCCAGUGGGCUUGGAUCAAAGGUUUUCACCAAAACAGAUUCAAGCCCUUGAGCGUGCAUAUGAUGAUCUUUGUCAAACAGAAGGAGUCCCAGCGCUACCUUACUUCUUAAUCAAGUAUGAUGAGAACGUGGUGCUGGUUUCCCUGCUUAAACACUACGGUGAUUUCUUCCAAGACCAAAGGACAAAGAUAACGAUUGGUGUCUAUGAUCCCUGUAACUUAGCCCAGCACCCUGGAUGGCCUUUGAGGAAUCUUUUGGUCCUAGCAGCCCACCGAUGGAGUAGCAGUUUCCAGUCUGUUGAAGUCCUCUGCUUCCGAGACCGCACCAUGCAGGGGGUGAGAGACAUCGCCCACAGCAUCGUCUUCGAAGUGAAGCUUCCAGAAAUGGCAUUUAGCCCAGAUUGUCCCAAAGCAGUCGGAUGGGAAAAAAACCAGAAAGGCGGCAUGGGACCGAGGAUGGUGAACCUCAGUGAAUGUAUGGACCCUAAAAGGUUAGCUGAGUCAUCAGUGGAUUUAAAUCUCAAAUUGAUGUGUUGGAGAUUGGUCCCUACUCUGGACUUAGACAAGGUUGUGUCUGUCAAGUGUCUGCUGCUUGGAGCUGGCACCUUGGGUUGUAAUGUCGCUAGGACGCUGAUGGGUUGGGGUGUCAGACACAUCACAUUUGUGGACAAUGCCAACAUCUCCUACUCCAAUCCUGUGAGGCAGCCUCUCUAUGAAUUUGAAGAUUGCCUAGCAGGUGGUAAGCCCAAGGCCCUGGCUGCAGCAGAGCGGCUCCAGAAAAUAUUCCCUGGAGUGAAUGCCAGAGGGUUCAACAUGAGCAUCCCCAUGCCUGGACACCCAGUGAACUUUUCCAGCGUCACCUUGGAGCAGGCCCGCAAAGACGUGGAGCACCUGGAGCAGCUCAUCGAAAGCCAUGAUGUCGUGUUCCUGUUGAUGGACACCAGAGAGAGCCGCUGGCUCCCUGCCGUCAUUGCUGCGAGCAAAAGAAAGCUUGUCAUCAAUGCUGCCUUGGGGUUUGACACAUUUGUUGUCAUGAGACACGGCUUGAAGAAACCUAAGCAGCAAGGAGCUGGGGACUUGUGUCCUGGCCACCUUGUGGCACCUGCCGACCUCCUGGGCUCAUCGCUUUUUGCCAACAUACCCGGCUACAAACUUGGCUGCUAUUUCUGCAAUGAUGUGGUGGCCCCAGGAGAUUCAACCAGAGACCGGACCUUGGACCAGCAGUGCACUGUGAGUCGUCCAGGACUGGCCAUGAUUGCAGGAGCCUUGGCAGUGGAAUUGAUGGUUUCUGUUUUGCAGCAUCCAGACGGGGGCUACGCCAUUGCCAGCAGCAGUGAUGACCGCAUGAAUGAACCGCCAACCUCUCUCGGCCUUGUGCCUCACCAGAUCCGGGGAUUUCUGUCACGAUUUGAUAAUGUCCUUCCUGUCAGCCUGGCAUUUGACAAAUGUACAGCUUGUUCUUCCAAAGUUCUUGAUCAAUAUGAACGAGAAGGAUUUAAUUUCCUAGCGAAGGUGUUUAAUUCUUCACAUUCCUUCUUAGAAGACUUGACCGGUCUCACAUUGUUGCAUCAAGAGACCCAAGCUGCUGAGAUCUGGGACAUGAGCGACGACGAGACGGUCUGAUGCGGCCCACCCUCGUGUGGCUGGCUUCUCCCUGGCUGCCUGUGGAGGACUUCUCUGUUGCCUGAAUGCGACUGCCACUUCCAGGAUAGG